CUGUGAAGCCAGGGUUUGGUCGGGAAUUUUGUCCGCGUCGGGGUGGGAGCGUAUUCACCAGGGAGAUCAGGCCAGGCUCAGGAAGCCUCUCCAGAACCCCUGGUGCUGUGCUCAGCUUCUGCAGGGAAGGUUUGCUGGCACGCUGGCCCCACCCAGCCAGUUGAAUGUCAGCCACACUGGAUCUGAAAUCGAAAGAGGAGAAGGAUGCUGAAUUGGACAAGAGGAUCGAGGCUCUUCGGCGGAAGAAUGAAGCCCUCAUCCGGCGCUACCAGGAGAUUGAGGAGGAUCGUAAAAAAGCUGAACUUGAGGGCGUAGCUGUGACAGCUCCCCGGAAGGGCCGCUCCCUGGAGAAGGAGAAUGUGGCAGUUGAUGUGGAGAAGAACCAGGGCCCUUCCCGGAGGUCUCCCGGGACCCCUCGGCCCCCAGGGACCAGCAGGGGAGGCCGGACUCCCCCCCAGCAGGGAGGCAGGGCAGGCAUGAGCCGGGCAUCCCGCAGCUGGGAGGACAGUCCUGGGGAGCAGCCUCGAGGAGGAGCUGGGGGCCGCGGCCGGAGGGGCCGGGGCAGAGGGUCCCCUCAUCUCUCUGGAGCUGGAGAUGUCUCACCUGCUGACCGAAAAUCCAAGGAGUGGGAGGAGCGGCGCAGGCAGAACAUCGAGAAGAUGAACGAAGAGAUGGAGAAGAUUGCGGAGUAUGAGCGCAACCAGCGGGAAGGCGUGCUGGAGCCCAACCCAGUUCGGAACUUCCUGGACGACCCCCGGCGGCGCAGCGGGCCCCUGGAGGAGCCCGAGCGGGACCGCCGGGAAGGCAGCCGCCGGCAUGGGCGCAACUGGGGGGGUCCGGACUUCGAGCGGGUGCGCUGUGGCCUGGAGCAGGAGCGGCAGGGCCGCCGGGCUGGCCUGGGCGGUGCCAGUGACAUGACACUCUCCAUGACGGGCCGGGAGCGGUCGGAGUACCUGCGUUGGAAGCAGGAGAGGGAGAGGAUCGACCAGGAGCGGCUGCAGAGACACCGCAAGCCCACGGGCCAGUGGCGGCGGGAGUGGGAUGCUGAGAAGACCGACGGGAUGUUCAAGGAUGGCCCAGCUGCUGCCCUUGACCCAUCUCACCGCUAUGAUGACCAGGCCUGGGCCCGGCCCCCGAAACCUCCCACUUUCAGGGAGUUCCUGUCCCAGCACAAAGCUGAGGUCAGCCGCAGGAGGAGGAAGAGCAGCCGACCCCAGGCUAAGGCAGCCCCCCGUGCCUACAGUGACCAUGAUGACCGCUGGGAGAUGAAGGAGGCAGCGUCCCCAGCCCCCGAGGCCCCACAGCCCAUUCCCCCUGAGGAGACGCCCACACAGCUGCCUGAAACCCCAGCCCCUGCCCACCAGCCUCCUGAGGAUCAGGGGGAGGAGGACAAGGGGGAGGAAGACGAAGGGGAGGAGGACGAAGGGGAGGAGGACGAAGGGGAGGAUGAGGAAUGGGAAGAUGUGAGUGAGGACGAGGAGAUUGAGGAGGAAGAAGAGGCUGAUGACGAGGAGGAGGAGGAGGAGGAAGAGGAAGAUCCAGCCCAAGACCACCAACCCCAAGAACCUGAGCCCACUGAGAGCCUCAGCAGUGACCAGGCCAACAAAGAGCCCUCCAGCCCUGAGGAGCCCCUGCCACUUCCCCAGUCCCCCGCCUCACCUUCCAGCCCCUUCUCACCCCCUGGGGGCCACCAGCCUGUGUCUGACUGGGGUGAAGAGAUGGAGCUGAAUUCUCCCCGGACCACCCACCCGGCUGAUGCCCUCUCUCCGGGAGGUGAUCAGCCAGCCCCUGCCUCCCUGGAGAGUAGGCCCAGCCUUCCAGGAACCCAGGAAACUGAAGAGGAGGGGUCUGAGGCAGCUCCAGAGGCGGGCCCCGAGGGCCAGGAGACUGCGGAGAUCACCGACUUCCAGAGGGUGCGUUUCUGCAAGGUGGUGGCGGCCGCCCCACCACCAGGGGCCGCCCGCUGACCGCGCCCGCCGACUCUGCACUAACUUCCCGCAGCCUCGCUCCUCUGUCCUUUGCUUCUGCCACGCUCCAGCCAGGAGAGGGUUAAAUGUAAGGGGGGAGGAGGCAG